UGAACCCUACCCCCGCCGGCAUUGACACUCAGUGCCAUGGUACCAGUCUCAGCCAGCUGUGGAGGGAGGAUGGCCUGAGUAGUGGUGUAGAGACGGUCCUGGUGACCCCUCUGCCACCACUGUGUGUGUGUAAUGUGGCACUAUGGUCUUUGUUUGUUUGACAUCGCUGCCCUUUGUUCCUCCCUGAUCAUGGCAAAGACAAUGGAUAUUGUAUCUGCAGCCACAAAGAGAAGCUUUUUCUUCAGGCCCCUGAAGCCAGGGUUUCACCACUCUCUCCACCAUCUUUCACUCUCCUGGUGACGCCUGUGACCGCUGGAGAAAGAGGGCAGGACCAGAGUUAGUAGGGGCUGAGCUGUGAGGUGUUGGUACCAGCAAAGAAACUGCCACAUACAGAUGAAGUCAACGCAGGGACUUAUUUUACCGUGGCAAUAGCUUGUAGGCAGCACUGUACAUCACUGGUUGGCAUUGGGAUCUCUCUUGUUGUGGAGUACAGGAUCAGAAGCAGCAAAUGUUUCCGGUCAGGCAGCCUUGGCUUUGCAAAGCCUUAGGUUGCUAUGAUUGCUGUAUCCGGUGCAUUGGGGCAGUGCCCUACCCAUCCCUGGUGGCCACCCUGCUGUGCUAUGCUGGCAUGGCAUUAUUUUGUGGCUGUGGACAUGAAGCGUUGUCCCAGACCGAAGUCCUCGUCGAGACUUACUUCGCCCGCAAUGUUCAAGACUUUGUUGUCAUGGCCUCCUUUGUCAAAUACUUCCAGUAUGUGAUCUAUGGCCUGGCAUCAUUUUUCUUCCUCUAUGGUAUCCUGCUGCUGGCUGAGGGUUUCUACACCACAAGCGCUGUAAAGCAGACCUUUGGUGAAUUCAGGAGCACCCAAUGUGGCCGCUGCCUCAGCCUGACGUUUAUCAUAGUGACGUACAUCUUGGCUUUCAUCUGGCUGGCAGUAUUUGCCUUCACUGCUAUCCCAGUCUUCUUCUUGUUCAACAUGGAGCAGACCUGCCACAACAUCAACAUCCUGGCUGAAACAACCCCCAGCAUUAAUCAGCACAGCUGGAUUUGCAUGGACGCCAGACAGUAUGGUCUGCUUCCUUGGAAUGCAAUGCCAGGCAAAGUUUGUGGACUGACCUUGGCAUCUAUUUGCAAAACCAGUGAAUUCUACGUCACCUAUGACUUGUACAUAGCUGCAUUUGCUGGUGCCGCCAUCACUCUCUUAGCACUGUUUUUGUAUCUGGCUGCCACCACCUACAACUACGCAGUCUUGCGGUUCCUGGGCAGGAAAGGGGUCCGCUAAGUGCACCCAGUCAACCCCCAUCCUCUGGCUAGGAGAUGGACAGUCAACACUAGACUUCCAUUCAUCCUCUGAGAAACA